CCAACCUCGGGUUUAAAAAACCAACAAACCACACGCUCGACGUUUCCAUUUCUUCUCUCUCUCUCUCUCUCUCAGUCUCUCUGCUCUGCUUUCGAUUUCAUGUUCACACUAACGUGACUCACGUGACUCGCACUCACUCUCUCUCUCUCUCUACACUUCCAUUUGUCAAAUUGCGUCACGCAACCAUGACGUCACUCUACCGGCACUUCUCCACCGCCGGCGCCGCCUCCUCUCACUGUCAACUCCGCCUUCGCCUCCGCUGUCCGCCGAGGACCGCCGCCGUCCGCUACGGCCACUCGCCUAAGUGGCCGGGAAUCGCGCUGCGAAUGCCGCCACCGCCGGGAACUGCGAAGUGCGGCGGCGCGUGGGAGAGAUCGGGCGUCGGCGAGGGCGAGAGGGCGGGACGCUGCCCGUGCGCGGUGGGGGAAUUGGCGGAGAGUGGCCGGGAAAGGCGGAAUCGGUCGGCGGAGGUAGUGGUCGCCGCCGCGGUGACGGUGGUUAUGGGCGCCGGAAACAGGGUGCUGUAUAAGCUGGCCUUGGUUCCUCUGAAGAACUAUCCCUUCUUCUUGGCUCAGCUUGCGACCUUCGGAUACGUAAUCGUAUACUUCUCUAUUUUGUAUAUGCGGUACCAAGCCGGCAUCGUCACUGAUGAGAUGUUAUCUAUGCCAAAAACUCCAUUUUUAGUUGUUGGUCUCUUGGAGGCUCUAGGUGCUGCCACAGGAAUGGCAGCAGGAGCAAUGCUAUCUGGAGCAUCAAUUCCAAUUUUGUCUCAGGCUUUUCUAGUGUGGCAAAUUCUCCUGUCAUUUGUUUUUCUAGGGAGGCGAUAUAAGGUCAACCAACUACUUGGAUGCUUUCUUGUGGCAAUUGGUGUAAUUCUUACUGUAGCAAGUGGAUCUGGUGCUGGGCAUUCAUUGAAGGAAGCGGGUAUAUUUUGGAGUCUUUUAAUGAUAGUUUCAUUUUUAUUCCAAGCUGCUGAUACUGUUCUGAAGGAAAUAAUCUUUUUGGACGCAACCAGAAAACUGAAGGGAGGUUCUUUGGAUCUGUUUGUUGUCAAUUCCUUCGGAUCUGCAUUCCAGGCACUAUUCAUAUGCCUCCUCCUCCCCUUCUUAUCGAAAUUAUGGGGCAUCCCCUUUGGUCAACUGCCAAACUAUCUUAAAGAUGGUGCUGCCUGCUUUCUGAAUGUUGGGACGCUGUCAAGAGGAUGCGAUGGAGCUCCCCUGCUGCCCUUGUUAUUUGUUAUUGUCAACAUGGGCUUUAAUAUCUCAUUGCUUCAUCUCCUCAAGAUCUCUUCAGCUGUUGUCUCUUGUCUAGCCUCCACAUUUUCAGUCCCAAUAGCAAUCUUUGUGUUCACGCUGCCAUUGCCAUACCUUGGUGCUCCUUCUUCUCUUCCAGCAGGCUUUCUUGCAGGUGCCGUCAUUCUUAUCAUGGGAUUACUCAUUUAUGCAUGGACCCCUUCAAAUGGUUCCUCCAGUACAUCCAUCCCAGCUUCCACCUAGAGAAGCUUGGAGGGUUGGAAUCUCAAUAUCUGCACCCUUGCCCCCCAAGUUCUGACGGGUAGGUUGCACCAACCCUCAUCACAGCAAAUGGCACAACACAACCAAUGAAUGACUCAGGUCCACUCUUUGUGAUUGAUUAUCACAAGAUGGAGAAAUGCAAAUGGUGUACUCUUUUAAUAAAGUGCUAGUCCCAUGAGAAAAAGGAAACAGAGAGGGAAUCCUCCUGAGCUUGCCCGAGUAAAUAGAAAGCAUAUGGAUUGGUCAUUUUUGAUCACUCCUCACUCGCAUAUGAAAAGGUGUUCAAAUUUUGUGUUAACUUUUAAUAAUAAUGAUGAUAAUUGUAGUAAUGAUAAUGAUAAUGAUGAUGAUAAUAAUGAUGAUGAUGAUGAUGAUAAUGAUAAUAGAUUAAAAAUAAAAAUAAAAAUACAGAGGAAAAAAUAUUUAUGAAGAGGAAAUAUAAAGUAAAAUGUCAAAGGAGAAUGUUAGAAGUUCGGGGUUGGAUUAAAAGUUAUUAGCUCAAAUGAUUUGUUGAUUGUGUUUCUUAACCAAGGAUUUUAGUUUUGGGCAUGGGGUCUUGGUGUACCAUUUUACUUUUAUAACUUUUUUAUUAAAUAAAAAAUAAGUUGAGAAUAAGAAUAGUAUGUACGUAAUCCUAAAAUUAAAUUUUGUUGUCAUUAUAAUUUUUAUGGAUAA